GCACUGCCUGCCACCCCUGACCACCCUCUCUUUGCCUCCGCAGGUCCAGAGGCAGUUCCCAGCCACGCACCCAGCAUGACAGACGCUCCACGGGAUGCCGGCCCCAAGCAGCCGGUGCCGAUGCGGCCGGAGAAGCCGGCUGCGGACUUUGGCUAUGUGGGAAUAGACGCCAUCCUGGAGCAGAUGAGACGGAAAGCCAUGAAGCAGGGAUUUGAGUUCAACAUCAUGGUCGUGGGUCAGAGCGGCUUGGGGAAAUCCACAUUAAUCAACACCCUCUUCAAAUCCAAAAUCAGCCGGAAAUCUGUACAGCCGACUUCUGAAGAGCGGAUCCCCAAGACUAUUGAAAUCAAAUCCAUCACUCACGAGAUUGAAGAAAAGGGGGUUCGCAUGAAGCUGACAGUCAUUGACACCCCGGGUUUUGGAGACCACAUCAACAACGAGAACUGCUGGCAGCCCAUCAUGAAGUUCAUCAACGACCAGUACGAGAAGUACCUGCAGGAGGAAAUCAACAUUAACCGGAAGAAGCGGAUCCCUGACACGCGGGUGCACUGCUGUAUAUAUUUCAUCCCAGCCACUGGCCACUCGCUCCGACCGCUAGACAUCGAGUUCAUGAAGCGCCUGAGCAAAGUGGUCAACAUCGUCCCCGUGAUUGCGAAAGCCGACACGUUAACGCUGGAGGAGAGGCACUACUUCAAAGAAAGGAUAAUGGCUGACCUUCUUGUCAACGGGAUCGACGUGUAUCCUCAGAAAGAGUUUGAUGAAGACUCCGAAGAUCGGCUAGUGAAUGAGAAAUUCAGGGAAAUGAUCCCAUUUGCAGUGGUGGGCAGUGACCAGGAGUACCAGGUUAAUGGAAGAAGAAUCCUUGGAAGGAAGACCAAGUGGGGCACCAUUGAAGUGGAGAACACGACACACUGUGAGUUCGCCUACCUGCGAGACCUCCUCAUCAGGACACACAUGCAGAACAUAAAGGAUAUUACCAGCAACAUCCACUUCGAAGCCUACAGGGUCAAGAGGCUGAACGAGGGCCAGAGCUCGCUCUCCAACGGCGUGACCGACAAAGAGCUGGUGGCUAACGAAAUGUAACCGUCUCGCUCUGUAGCCAGGACCUUGCUCGCUCACACUCGCUAUUUCUCCCCUUUUCCCCCUUUAUUUUUAUAUAAAUCCUCUGCCACUGUCCCUCUUCCCACCCCCAACCCCCUGCCAAUAUUAACUGACCAAAUAACCAGACGCCGUCUCUGUCGUGUGGAG